AUGUUCAAGCGCAAGUCCAAGACUGGAACCUCGCCUGUCGCGUCCACCGGCUCCGCCCUCGCCGGCCUCAACUUCAAGGGAGCUGGUGGCUCCAAGGCCGCGGCCGCACCCACCACCUCGGCGCGUCCGUCGUGGAACACGUCGCUGGCACCCGACGCGAAGGGCUCGGCGAACGCUCCGUUCCCCGCCCGUGAAGGCGUUGCCUUCCUCGACUGCCGCGUCUCGCUCGCCCCGCAAAAGGAGCUCGGCUUCCUCCUCGUCGCACUUGGCAAGGCCAACAUUCGUCCCGUCCUCGUCCCCUCCGUCCUCAAGAUUGUAGGCACAACAAUCAAGGAGAAGGGCAAGCACGGAGUCCUUGGUGACCGUGCCGUUGUCGAGCAGCACAUCAAGGCUGCGCUUGAUUCCGUCGGAGCCCCCGCCAACAUUGUCGCCGACUUCAACCCAGCGCUCGACAUGUCGUGGAUCGACGAGAAGCGGUACGAGCUCCCCGCCAAGGUCGAGGAGAACAUCUGGCUCGCCCUAGUCAAUGGAAUCGACGAGAAGCCAGGCAACGGCACGCUUGAGAAGGCGGGCAAGGCGCCCAAUGGCAAGCAGACGCCCGAGGCCGCCAAGCAGACGUCGGAUCGUCUUACAAUCAUCAACGAGAUUGUCAGCGUGUGCAACAACACUAAGGGUCCUCACCUUCUCUUCACGACCGACUCGGUCAUCGAGUCGUCCGCGGUGGCCGACUUUGGCGGCCCCGACCUUGGCUGCACCGUCUUUGACAUGGACCGUGUCGCAACCCUCGGUCUCAAGUCGACGGCUGACGGCGACGCCGCUGUCCAGCGACUUCUCACCAAGGUGCAGCAGGGUCUCGGCACCAGCCCCGCGCCCGUCGCCCCCAGGCAGUUUGCGUCAUACGACCUCGCGCCCGACGAGGCAUGA